AACUUUAUGAAGAAGAAAAAAAAGGUAAACUGACGACAUAUCAGCUGUUGGAUGAGGAUGGUAUAACAGGAGACUCAAACUGUAGCAUUUCCUCAGUUGUAAGCAACAAUGUCUUCAGUUGAGUGUUUGAGAGAGUUUGUCAACGAGCGACUAACUGCUGCUGCUGAAGAAAUAUUCGGAAUCUUUGAAAAAACUAUCGUCGAGUACGAGGAAGAGAUCGAUCGUCAGCGCAGACUGCUGGAUAGCUUUUGGAAACCCGAAAUAAAGUUACACAGGAUAGAGCUCCCACAGCAACAUGUCAGUACGGAGGAGGAGGUUCUGGCUGACCAGCAGCUCUGUAUUCAGGAGAGGAACUCCAGUCUGGACCAAGAGGACCCAGAGCCUCCACAGAUUAAAGAGGAACAGGAGGAACUCUGCACCAGUCAGGAGGGAGAGCAGCUUGUACUGAAGCAGGAGACUGAUGCCUUUAUGUUGACUCCUACUUAUGAGGAAAGUGACCACAAUGAAGAUCAGACUCUGUAUUUGAAUGAUGAUUUGACUCAGAAUGCAGCUGAGAAGGAGCCUAUUGUCAACAUAUCAGUUAAAAGCUCUGUGGUACCAGAACCAAACAGUGACCAGCAGCUCCUCUCUCACAACUGUCAUAAAGCUGAGAGCCAAGAUCACAAAGGAAGCAAGCACGAAGACUCAGGAUCAACUAGAGAUGCAGAGCCAGAACUACAGAAGAGACAGCACAAAAGAAAAAGUAACAGUAACAAUGUAUGUAAGAUUCACUUGAAUACUUGUAAAAAGUCUUUCAAAUGUGACACUUGUGGGAAAGAUUUUAAGGAUAAGUCCAAAUUGGAUAGACACCUGAGAAUUCACACAGGUGAGAAGCCAUAUUUUUGCAACACAUGUGGGAAUCGAUUUAGUGACCUGUCCAUACUGAGAAGGCAUAUAACAAUCCACACAGGUGAAAGGCCGUAUUCUUGCAAAACAUGUGGGAAAAAUUUCAGACUUAAGAGUGACUUGAAAGUCCACCUGAGGACCCACACAGGUGAAAAGCCGUAUAACUGCAACACCUGUGGGAAAAGAUACUGUCGGAUGCCAGACUUGAAAAAGCACGUAAGAAUUCAUACAAGUGAGAAGCAGUGUACUUGCAAAACACAGGAGAGCUCUGUGGAGACUUGACAGUCCACAUGAGAAGAGCCUACACUGAGAAGCCACAUUACUGCAUCACUUGUGGGAAAAGAUUCUUCCAUGUGUCUCAAUUGGCAAGGCAUAUAAGGUUGCAUACAGGCAAGUAGCCUUCUACUUGCAAAUGUGGGAGAGGACUCAGUUGUAGUGCUUCAUGGACAAAACACACCCUAUCCCACACAAGUGAAGGGAAAUGUUUUUCUCAAAUCAUAUACCUGGAAAAAUCUCAAACAGGAGAAACCAUUGAGCUGAAACUCCCGUGGAGAAGAGGUUUCAAUAUCUUAGUGUAAUGAAGUGGUACAUUUUCAACAAUGACAUCAAGGUUUGUUAAACUAACUUUUUUUAUUUUCCUUCAUAUGACUGUAUUACUCACAUUAUUGUUAGCAACAGUAUUUCUUUGAAACAAUCAUAAUCUCCCAAAUCUUUGAAAAAUCAUUGUUGAACAGUGAGUUCAUAGUUGACAAAUGUUUGACCUGUAAAGUUAAUAUUAUUUAUUUAUUUUUUGUGUACAAUACCUCAGUUAUAUGAGUGGAUUGUGAACUCUGAUCUCGAAGCAGAGAAGCCCUCUCUCUAAUGGUGUUGGGUCACUUAUGUUGUCAUCCUGCCAACUGAUCUUUUUUUGUCUGCAACAUGUCAUUUAAUUUUAUAUGUGUAUGUAUUUCGUAAUUGCAUCAAAAUGAUAUGGUUUUUGUUGUUGUGGUUGAUGUAACACAAAAACACAAAUUUUAGCUGUGUACUACAUGGUGUUCUCAAAGAAUUUUGUGAACAUUAAAAAUCUAUUUUUUAAAA